CCGAACCCUUUUUAUUGCCGAGCCCAUUGCACCGGUAAAAGACUUCAGACUUCAUCUCAUCUUCUCUCUCUCUCUCUCUCUCUCUCUCUCUCUCUCUCUCUCUCUCUCUUAUUCCUUAAUUGAUUUAUGGACAAAGGAGGUGGACUCACUAUUGAUUCUUCUGAAAUUGGAUUCUUCGUGACUAAGCCCACUGCAAUCAAGUCGUCGUUCCUAACAUCCAAUCAUCCAAAGUGGAAGCACGAUCUCAUGGAUUUUCCGGUUAACCUUAACUGCAGAGACGAGACUGCUUCUCCAGUGCCGUCGGACGAGAAGCGAAUCGAUGAAAUGGAUUUCUUUUCGGAUAAGAAUCGAUUGAAGGAUUUUGAUGCCAAAGCAUCGACUAUCGAUAUCAAGAAGGAGGAUUCGCAUGGAGGAGUGGCUCCAAGACUCAAUUUAGAUGUAAAUACUGGUUUACACCUUCUCACUGCAAACAACGGCAGCGAUCAAUCAACGGUGGACGACGGAGUAUCACCAAACUCCGGCGACAAGAAAGCCAAGAGUGAGUUGGCCGCUCUUCAAUCCGAGCUUGACCGGAUGAACGAAGAGAACCAACGCUUGAAAGCGAUGCUUAGUCAGGUUAGCAACAACUACAACGCACUACAGAUGCAUCUUGUAACAUUGAUGCAGCAACAGAAUCGCAAGGCCGAAAACACCCAAGAACACGAGAUUUCAGAUGGGAAGCUGGAAGGCAAGAAACAGGAUGCCGGUGGAGGACCCAUGGUGCCGAGACAAUUCAUGGAUUUAGGCCCGGCUGCGACAGCUGAUACUGAUGAGCCUUCUCAGUCAUCGUCUGAGGGUCGAAGCCGUGAUCGCUCUGGAUCUCCUCAUAAUAAUGCAGUAGAAGUGGUGUCAAAGGAAUAUAGGCAGCAGAAGAAUAACAGCAGCAACGAGAUUGUUCCAUUUGAUCAGGACAAGGGCGAUUUUGGAGAGGGUAGAGGGAUUGGAAGGGAAGAGAGCCCGAACCAAGGCUGGGCUGCUAACAAGAUCCCCAAAUUGAACCCCUCCAAGAAUGCUGACCAGUCCACGGAAGCCACCAUGAGGAAAGCUCGCGUCUCAGUUCGAGCACGAUCGGAGGCUCCCAUGAUCACCGAUGGAUGUCAAUGGCGAAAGUAUGGGCAAAAGAUGGCAAAAGGGAAUCCUUGCCCUCGAGCUUAUUACCGUUGUACCAUGGCUGCUGGUUGUCCUGUUCGAAAGCAAGUUCAAAGAUGUGCAGAAGAUCGAUCUAUCCUCAUAACGACUUAUGAGGGAAACCAUAACCAUCCACUCCCUCCGGCAGCCAUGGCGAUGGCAUCAACCACCUCAGCGGCAGCUUGUAUGCUACUCUCCGGUUCAAUGUCCAGUGCCGAUGGGUUAAUAAACUCAAACUUCCUGACAAGGACUCUUCUUCCUUGCUCAUCAAGUAUGGCAACAAUCUCGGCUUCAGCCCCGUUUCCGACUGUCACAUUGGACCUUACUCACAAUCCCAACCCUUUGCAGUUCCAAAGGCCACCCACCCAAUUCCAUGUUCCAUUCCCCAACCAACCCCAGACCUUCCCCUCCCAACCAGCUCCCCCACUGGCUCAAGUUUUCGGCCAAACUCUCUACAAUCAAUCAAAAUUCUCUGGACUUCAGAUCUCUCAGGAUGUAGAACCUGCUCAAUUCGUCAACCAACCGCCCCCGCCACAACUGCAUCAGGCACAGCAGACUUCAUUCGCUGAUACCGUUAGUGCUGCAACAGCCGCUAUUACCGCUGAUCCAAACUUCACCGCAGCUCUUGCUGCUGCCAUUACCUCUAUUAUCGGCGGUGGAGUUCGUCCGACCAACAACAGCAACGGCAAUGACAACAGUAACAACAACAACGCAGCAAACAAUAGCAGUGGCAACACCACCACAAGCAACAACAACAGCAAUAACAACAAACUCAGCAGUUCGAAUUUUGCAGGGAAUUAGAUAGAAACACAGUUCUUCUUCAUUUGUUAUUUUUUUUUACAGGUUUUUUUCCUUGUUUAGUGGUGGGAAAAAAGAAAAAGGACGAGAUUACUAUAUAUACAGAUUUUUUUUUUCUGGUCGGAGGGAAAGAGUAGAUUAGAAUUUCAUUCUUUCUUAUAUUUUGUUUAAAGUUAAAUAAUUGGAUCCAAAAUAUCUGUGAAUAUUGCAUAUUUUUUACUUGUGUUCAUGCA